AUGGGUCUUGGAGAACAUGUUGUGCUCUCCCUGCUUGAUGGUGUGGAGCCUGGUACACAACUAUAUUUUGAUAACUUUUUUACAUCCACACGGCUAAUGGAGGCCUUGAAAGAAAAGGAAAUUCUGGCAGUGGGGACCAUUCGAACAAAUCGCAAGAAUCUCCCUGAAGAAAUCAGACAUGAUAACAAGCUGCAGAAGGGUGACUAUAUAUGGCGGACAAAAGGAAGCAUCACGGCUUACCAGUGGAAGGAUACGAAAAAGGUCCACGCACUUUCCAACUUUCAUCACCCGAACGACACUGCGGACGUUGUUCGAAAGCUUGCCAAUGGCUCGUCCGUGUCUGUCCAAUGCCCAAAGGCCAUCUCAGACUACAACACCUGGAUGGGUGGAGUCGACAGGUUUGACCAGAGGAGAAAUGCGUAUCCGGCAGACAGAAGAUUUAAAAAGUCCUGGUACCGAAUUUUCUACUUUCUGCUGGAUGCAGCAGUAGUGAAUGCUUUCCUCCAAAUGAAAGAAGACAAUCAAAUGAGCUACCUGUGGUUCCGGCUUGUCCUCGGUCGCCAGCUGAUAAACGGCCAAACCUUCAAAGGCUCUAACAAUCGGCCUUAUAAAGCCAACAAAAAAGGCAACAAAAAUGGCCAAAAAAUGGUAGGAGUUCAGGACGAAGUCCGAUUUCUGGGAGAUGGACACCACCCUCAGAAAGUCGCGAAAAGGAGGCGAUGUCGCUGGUGCUCCAGUGCCAAGAAAGAAGCUCGCACCAAUUUUUGGUGCUCUGCAUGCAAUGUGCCACUUUGCGCAACAUGUUUUGGGCCUUUUCAUGCUGGUCGAAAGUGA